GGGGGUCCUUCUCUCUCCGCCGGCGCACACUCCCCGGAUAAAAGAGGCGCUCGCCGCGGCCGCCUGACCGGGGCCGGCUGGCGGGGAAAGAUUAAAGGAGCGGAGGAGAGGCCACCGCCCAGCCCGAAACCCGGGGCGUCAAGCCUCGGAGUCUUUCCACCAUUUCCACGGCAGGUGGCACGAACUGGGAAUCCAAACGCUGAGAACAGAAGGCACGCCAAAGACGGAGGAUAUUUCCAUAGAGGAAUCCCCACCUAUCCACCCACCCGGAAUGAGUGACCCCGACGACGAGGGACCUGAGCCGUUCCAGGCGGAGCGCGACCUGGCGGCAGAGGCCAUGGCGGCCGACAUGGACCCCUGGGUCAUCUUCGACGGCCGCAGGACCCCACGGGCUGAAUUCGACGACUGGCUGGACAGCAACCGGCCCUCCCGCGUCUUCCGCCACGGCGAGCCGGCCCACAACGCCGAGCCCGUGGGCUGGAUCGCCGUCUACGGGCCGAGCAGCUCGCCAGAGCCCGAGCGCGGCGACCCCGAGGGGCUGCAGGAGGACUGGGAGCGGCUGCUGAGCAGCGGGCGGCCCGUCACCUUCGAGACCGUCAAGGAGCUGGCCCUGAACCGGCGGGUGCUGAGCGGCAAGUGGCUGAUGCACCUCGACACGGGCUUCAAGGUGGACCACGCCUGGGGCAGCAUUGCCCGGGCGGUGCUGGACGGGAAGGUGCCCGCUGCCAAGGUCAGCCCCUACUGCCCUGGCUCGGCUGCCAAGCAUGUCAUCUGUGUACCCAGCGACGACUUCACCGACGAGAGCCAAGUGGUGAGCCUGGACGCUGCCAUCCGGGCCGUGGGCAUUAAGUGCCCCCUCUCCUACAAGCCAGACGCCUACACCUACCUGGGCCUGUAUCGGGGCAAUCACUGGAAGCUCUGCCCCACCAUCUACGAGAGCCGCUACGACCUGGAGUGCAUCCCCCGGCGCUCGCGCAUCACCAGCAAGGUGUCCAUGACCGAACUGACCUAACCGUGCGGUGGGAACUGCCUUGGGCGCGCCUGAUGGGUUAUUUUUUAAAUGUACAGUUUCAAAAGAAAGAGAGAAUUGAACAAAAGAUGACGUGUCAGCGUUGGUCAAUAAGUCUCAUGCGGGGCCUCAGUUUGUGGUUUGCCUUUGUUCUGUCCUCUUGUUUGUUGGCGGGGAGCAAGAAUCACGUUACGUGGGAUAUACAGCGCCGAAAGGGGCCAUUCAGCCCAUCCGAUCCACUCGAGCUUUCACGCAGUGUGUGACUAAGGGAGCUCGAGAGUUGAUUUACAUAGGAUGACAGAUAUAUGUAUGGCACAGAAAGAGGCCAUUCAACCCAACUAGUCCAUGUCGGUCCACUCGAGCCUCCUCCCAUCUUUCCCCAUCUGAAUCUACCAUCGUAACCCUCUAUUCCUUUCGC